AUGCGCCGCUUCUUGUCUUACUUUACGGGUACCGAAGCGUCGAGCAAUAUCCCGCUUCCCCAGCAUCAACCCCCUGACCCGACUGCCAAUAACGCGGCGACAAAGCAAUGCACAACGCAGUCCGGAUCAGUACAGCAUAAACACCACUUCAUUCAUUGGUGUAUACCUUGGAGUCGCUACGCCGUACGCAUGUCUCCACUGCAGUCAUGCCAGAUCCGGUCAGACCUCGACUUCUUCAAGCUCCUGAAGCAACGGUAUCUACAGUCCAAAGGAAGAUACAAGAUGCUCCUCUCGUUCAAGAAACCAACUGCCCUACGGUUCGUAAAGUUCCGUUUGUACCAACAUCAGCUCGUAGAUAUCCACACGACUGAUGACAUACCACCUGAGUCUUACAAGAAUGAGUAUGAAUAUUACCCAAUGCCUGCGGAGACCGUUCCUCCAAUCGGCCCCAAUCUACUGAUGCAUUUCUUUACGCAUCCAGAUGAGAGCCCCUCAUAUCCAGUGUUACUGCCAAGCAUACCGAAACGAAAGAACGACAAGCUCGAACCUUGUCCCAUACGUGGCAGCAGCCUUGGUUGGGGAAUCGACGUCGUGACUGGGAUCGACGAGUUCAAGCUCUUUUCUUUAGGCUUGAUUGGCACGCUGGCAAGCAUGAUUUUUGGAAUUGUGUGGUCAGUCGUGAGACAGGAUAUACAGGGUGGAUUUGCAGUUGCAGGUUUUCUCUUCACACUUUUCGCAUUCGCUAUUGCUAGCUUGAAAGCGCUAGACUUCUAG